CUUUGCCAAAAAAUUUACCCUCAAACACAAGGGCACUUUGUAACACAGUACUUUAACCAACCAACGCUAUCCAUAUCCCUCUCGUAGCGAGCAUUGCUCAAUCCACAACAAUGGCUACAACCCCUUCUCUUCUACACUCUUCUGCCUCUUCCUUUCUCUCUCAAUUUCGAGCUUUACCAACUCAAUUUUCUUCCUCUUCGUUGUUAUGUCAUGGAAACAACAGAGUGGUGUCUGUGAAAGCUGAUGCUUCUGGUGCUGUUUUGGUUGAGAAAUCUGAAGCAGAGACUGUUUAUAGACUCAAAACAACUUACAAUGACAAAAUUGUUCCUUUGCUUAUGGAAGAAUUCUCUUACACUAAUAUUCAUCAGGUGCCUAAAGUUAAGAAGAUUGUGGUAAACUGUGGUAUUGGAGAAGCUGCACAAAAUGCAAAAGGUUUGGAUGCAGCAAUACUUGAUCUAGCACUGAUCACUGGGCAGAGACCUGUUAAGACUCGGGCGAGGAAUUCCGUUGCCACCUUCAAGAUCAGGGAAGGUCAACCACUUGGGAUUGCUGUGACACUCAGAGGAAAAAUAAUGUACUCAUUCCUAGACCGUGUUAUCAACUUAGGACUUCCUAGGACAAGAGAUUUUCAAGGUGUGAAUAUCAGCAGCUUUGACGGGAAUGGAAAUUACAACAUUGGUAUUAAGGACCAAACUGUGUUCCCAGAGCUGAAAUCUGGUAUUGGUACACCUAGAGGAAUGGAUAUCUGCAUCUCAACAACUGCUAAAACUGAUCAAGAAGGACAAAAAUUAUUGGCUCUCAUGGGUAUGCCCUUCAGAGAGGGAGUUGAAGUUACCCAAAUAGUUCGCAAAAAGAAGUUGAAAUCUCAUCAUUUUGAUCCAAAAUCAAAGGGUAGAGGAGACAGAGCAAAGAAGUAAACUCAUUUUUAUUCAUGCAAGAUCAGAGAUAAUAAUGAACUAAGGUUGUAAUCAGAAGAUAGAUUGUGUUGUACCCCUUGUUUCGUUCAGAUGUAAUGUAAUAUUAUUGAUUCUUUUUGUAAAAGAUGUGGAUGUUUUCAUGUUGCCAUCAAUCACGUUAUUAUAUGGUUGUAUGAUGAUCAUGCAGAUCUUGCUUGCUUUCUGAUUUCUAUUGUUUUCUAAAUUAUUUGGCUA